CUGAUCUUUCUUUCAGUGUUAAUAUGGUCUUUGAACGCUUUUCUUGUCCCCAACAUUACUUAAAGCACCUAGUCUGACGUUUGUCCAAGUGCCUUUGCCGUACAACCUCUGAAACGGAUUUAUUUCUGUGUGCUGUUUACAUUACCUGAUUAGCCUUCCUAAAUAGUUCGUCCGGAAUUAGGAAUGCACGUAUUGAAGCCUUGACACAGUUAGUCCACCAUCUCGUAAUUUGUCAUCCUCGUGUCAGAAUAAACUCGUCUCGGCGCACGUUAAAUCUUCUCGAGCUAUUUUAGCCUAGCUCGCUAGCUGCUAACAAGGGUUCGCCUUUGUCAACGCCACAUGCCAAGCAGACAUCAAAUGUGUGUCAAGUUUUGUGGUUAUCCUGUAAAAAAUGUUUGUAAAAGAUGUGAAAGAAGAAAAGUACGAGAUGGAACUUUGUGGAACAAGAGAGGAGAACGAGCGAGAAAGUGAACGCCUGAACGCUCAUUUCAAGCAGCCUCAAGAUGUGACAAACAGAGCAGCCAUAUGUGAAAAAUGCCAUUGUCCUCAGCAACAGAAGCAAGAGUCACCUUGCGAUAGAGAGAAAAAAGAGGAGGCGUGUCUGCACAUUAAAGAUGAAGAGGAGGAACCAGCACUCCCUCACAAUAAAGAAGAAGAGGAGGCCUCCCACAUACAAGAAGAGGCUGAGCCACAACUCUCCCAUGUUAAGGAGGAAGAGCAGGAGGCCGAUAUCACCAAGUUCGUUCUGAGUGUUGUCCAUUUGAAGUCAGAUGGUGAUGAUGAAUGUCAAGGUGAGGAGAACGGAGAGGUGGAGCCUCCAAGCAGCGGCUCAGCAGAAGGCCUUGGAGAUCAUGGGGGAGGAUCACGAGCUGAGAGCCUCUUAGCUCCACUUUCAGACAGUGAUGACAUCAUGUCACAGUCUCUUGACACGGAGGACGCACAGUCCAAAAGUUAUAGGAAAUGGCACACUGACAAGGCACACUGGAAAUGCUUGCAGUGUGAGAAAACCUUUUGUUCAAAAUGGGGUUUGAAAGUACACACAAGAAUACACACUGGAGAGAAACUUUUUGCUUGCUCCAUUUGUGAGAAACGGUUUACCCUGAAAACCGAUUUAAUAAGGCAUACGAGAACGCACACUGGGGAAAAACCUUUUGUCUGCUCAAUUUGUAGCAAAAGCUUCUCCGUCAAGAAGAGUUUAAUCAGGCACACAAGAACACACACUGGGGAGAAGCCUUUUGCCUGCUCAGUUUGUGGUCAAAGAUUUUCGGAGAAAGGAAAUUUAACCAAACACAUCAUUACUCACACUGGAGAUAAACCUUUUGCUUGCUCCGUUUGUGGUCAAAGAUUCACUGAAAAGAGAAAUUUAGGAAGACACGUCGUAGCGCACACUGGAGAGAAACAUUUUGCCUGUACAUUUUGUGGUCAACGAUUCUCUGGAAAGAGCAGUUUAAGAGCGCACACAAAAACCCACACUGGAGACAAACCCUUUCCUUGCUCAGUUUGUGGUAAAAGAUUCACUCGGAUGACAGAUUUGAUGAGGCACACAAGAACGCACACUGGCGAGAAACCGUUUUCAUGCUCAGUUUGUAGUAAAAGCUUUUCCCUGAAGGGACAUUUAAGAACACACACAAAGACACACACUGGAGAGAAACAGUUUGCCUGCUCAGUUUGCAGUAAAAGAUUUACUCUGAAGACAGAUUUACUGAGGCACACAAGAACCCACACUGGCGAGAAACCGUUUUUAUGCACGGUUUGUGGUAAAAAAAUUCACUCAAAAAUGCAGUUUGACAACGCACACAAGAACACACACCGGAGAGAAACCCUUUUUGUGCUCAACUUGUGGUCAAAGGUUCACCAUGAAGACUGAUUUGGUAAGGCACACAAGAACGCACACUGGAGAAAAACCUUUUGCCUGCUCUGUUUGUGGCGCGAGAUUUACGAUGAAGACAGAUUUAACGAGGCACACCAGA